AUGAGCUACAUCCUCACCCUCUCCUGCCCCGACCGCCCGGGCAUCGUCCACGCGGUGACGGCCUACCUGGUGCAGAACAACCUGAACAUCAUCGACUCGUCGCAGUUCGGCGACCCGACGUCGGAGCGGUUCUUCAUGCGCGUGCACUUCAAGCCGGAGAGCACGCCGGCGCCGACGCUGGAGCAGCUGCGGGAGGCGUUUGCGCCGACGGCCGAGAAGCUGGCGAUGACCUUCGAGCUGGUGUCGGCGACGGCCAAGCCGCGGGUGCUGAUCAUGGUGUCGAAGAUCGGCCACUGCCUGAACGACCUGCUGUUCCGGGCGUCGACGGGCCAGCUGGCGAUUGAGAUCCCCCUGAUCGUCUCCAACCACCCGGACUUCGCCGCGCUGGCCGCCACCUACAACAUCCCCUUCAUCCACCUGCCCGUGACGGCGGCCACCAAGGCCGAGCAGGAGGGCCGCAUCCUCGAGCUCAUCGCCGAGCACAGCAUCGACCUGGUCGUCCUCGCCCGCUACAUGCAGGUGCUCUCGCCCAAGCUCUGCGACGCCAUGUCCGGCAAGAUCAUCAACAUCCACCACAGCUUCCUGCCCAGCUUCAAGGGCGCCAAGCCCUACCACCAGGCCUACGACCGCGGCGUCAAGAUCGUCGGCGCCACCGCCCACUUCGUCACCAGCGACCUCGACGAGGGCCCCAUCAUCGAGCAGAACGUCGUCCGCGUCAACCACGCCCUCAGCCCCAAGGAGCUGACCCACGCCGGCUCCAACGUCGAGAGCAACGUCCUCGCCACCGCCGUGAAGUACUUUGCCGAGCACCGCGUGCUGCUCAAUGGCCACAAGACCGUGGUGUUCAACUAG